AUGAGCACCAACAGCAGGAACAAGGUCAAAUUCAUCAAGUGCAACAACUACAAGCCCCACAAGUGGGGAUUUAUAUAUUGGCUUGAUCCCAAUGGUGCAGAUGGAGCCAACUUCCUAUAUGAAAAAAGGGUAAAUUACUGGUGGCAUUUCAUUGCCUCCUACCCUGCAAGGGAGCUCACUGAAGCAAUGCAAAACCUAAUUCUGCUCUAUCCUUCCAACCCACCAGCUUACAGCACUGCUCCCAACUUGUCAUUGACGCCUCCACCACACCCACACACUCUCAGGCCAACAGAAGAACAUGUACCAGUUCCCCUCCCAUUUCCACUUUUCUCCAGCAUGCCAAACACUAACUGGACACCAGUUUAUGUGUCUCCUGUGAGAGAGACGCAUUGGGAGCCUCAGAACUACCUAGGAUGGAGCAAUGAAGAAAUAAGAAGGAAUGUGGAGUCUUUUGAAAGCACUGGGGAAGGGAAAAUGUUCACAUUUGAUGAACCGCUUGCAAUUGAUUACUCUUAA